CUUUCCGACAGCCCGUGAAGGCAGCGUGAGUUCCAGAUGGCCGUCCGGGAGAGCGUUCUGUCGGCGGGCAGGGCCGUGCUGGAGCUGGUGGAGCGGGAGUGGCAGCCUCUGUCCCCGGGAGAGCUGGAGCAGCGGCUGGACCAGUCUGUGGAGGAAAUCCUGGAGGCUGAACUGAUGGCGAGACUUCAAACUCAGCCUCCCGCAGCUGUAUGCGUUCAGCUGCUGCAGAGUCAAGACACCGCGGAGCCGCAAGUCCUGCAGACCACGACAUGCACCGGUCCCCCGGAGGAAGAGUGUCCAAAAUCCCAGGCGGCCGUGAAGUACAUCACAGACCUGCUUCAGAACUCUGAAUCCAGGGCUCGGUUGGCCGGACGGGCUCGUCUGUCUCUGUCCCACACCGUCCUGCUGUCCCUCACUCUGCUGUCUGAGCGCGUCAGCUACCGCUCAGUGUCCCGACGCUUCCACCUGGAGAAAGGAAACAUCCACAGGAUCUUCUUUUCCUUCUGCGAGCGCAUCAACAUGCUGGAGGAGAAGCAGAUCAGGUGGCCAGUCGGCCGGGAGGCUGAGGAAGCCCUCUUCCCACUUUGCAGUCCAGAGAAGGAGCAGGAGGAGCAGCAAGGUGUAUCUCAUGUCCUGGGAGUGUUGGGACACACCCGCAUCCCGAUCCGCCUGCCGAUAGGGAAACAUGAUGUGGAGAGCACAGUGCCUGAGGUGAAGAGGAUGAAGAGGGAGGCCCAUCCAGACUCCUGGCUAAACCUGCAGCUGGCAUGCGACCGUGAAGGCCGGUUCCUUCACUGCAGCAUCAGUAAAGGAUCAGACGUGGACAGAGGCGGCGCUCUGAGGGACAAACUCAAACUACAUCCUGAACUGAUGCCCUCUGGCUCCUGCCUCGUGGCCAGAGCCGGCUACCCGCUCACUGCUCACAUUUUGACUCCAUACUCAGGGAGUCACGGACCAAGAGAGGAGCUCUUCAACAAGAUGCUGGAGGAGCAUUUUCACAUCCUGGAUCAGGCUGUGGCCAACCUGAAAGCCAGAUUUAAAAGGCUCAGGUAUCUGGAUAUCGGAAACUACGAGCGAGCGAGAGCUGUGGUGCUGACCGCCUGUGUGUUGCACAAUGUGUUUCUGGACAUGGGACAAGGGGUUCAAGGAGACGUUGAGAAAGAGGAAGCCAUAACCCGAGAGGGGGAGGGGGAGGUAGAUGACGAGGGUUUACACAGACGUGACGCCAUCUCAGCUUUACUGUUUAAAAACUUUGAUUCUGGAAGCGUGUGA